UCAGUUCUUCGAGAAUGAAAAGAAAAAGAGAUAACAACGAUUCGCCGGUAUACGAUGACGAAAAAGAAGAAGAAAAUAAUUUCGUUGCAAUAAAAUGUGGAUUGCAAACAAUACUUCGACCCGAGCAUGCAGCAGUUGUGACACAAAUAUUGUUUGAGCGCAGUCUUCAAAUGACGGAAGUUGCCUCAUUGGCCUCACUUUUGAUUUUAUUCAAGGUGAAUGAAGCACUCGAUAAUGAAGAUCGUCAGUUCUUUUUGCGACGGGAUCGUCGACAGUUCUUCUUCGAUUGCUUCAAUGCGGUAUUGGCCGAAAAUGUUCACAAUAAUAAUAGCCGAAAUCCCAUACCGCCAGAGUUUCGGUUCAUGGUCGAAAACUUCAGUGAUGAACAGUUCGAAUGGCCAAGCAAGGAAAAGUUGAAGAAUGGUUUUCGUUAUUUUGUCAAACAGCACAUCACAAAUACAAAAACUGGUCUUACCACUUGGUGUGAAGAUCGACUUGAGUCAUUCUUUCGAAUGCGAUGCUGGUAUCGCAAUCACAACAUCUAUGGACCGAGAUUUGAUGGCAUCGACAUCAGAAAUGCCAAAAUGUUAGCAUAUCGAUCCAACGACUUGACAAAUGGUAAUGUGGAAAGAAUAGAAAAGGCCAACAUUUUAUUGGAUGAUCUGGUCGCAAUUGGAUGGCGACGCGAAAAAUGCAUGAAAUUUUUUGUAAAAGAUCAUUGGUUUGAAUCGUUGUGGUUGUUCGGACAAAUUCAACGUCAAAUAGCAGCUUAUCACAGUGAUGCCGCACAAUGGAAUACCAUUCAUGAAAUAUUCCGUAACAAUCCGAACUUUCAACAGCCAACAAACAAUCGCCCACGGAAAAUAAACAGUUUUGCUCUUGUACCGUUAUGCGAUUAUCAUUUGAAGUGCGUGCGAUUGGAUAUGAGAGAUUUGUAUAAAAAAUUGGCAAGUAAGCUAAAAGUGGUGCCCAGAUUCCUGAAUACUGAUACCAACCGGCUGAAUAAAUACCCCGAAAAAUACUACAGAGAUCAUGAUCGAGAUGGACUAUGGAAUUUGUUGUUCGACGUCGAUAAAAUCAACCAAUUGGGCAAACGAUUCAAACAAUUCCAUCAUCAAAUCGUGACCAAUAGUGUUUCCGUAUCGGCACUGUACACAAAACCAGAGCGGGCUUGCAAUGAAAACGUGCACACACAUGCGGACAAUCUUGUAGGCAAGAAAUACGUUAUUGGCAUCGAUCCGAAUGAAAAAACGUGGUUGGCUAUAACGCGUCGCAACAUCCGGAAAACACCUGAUGAACCGGCCGUUGAGGAAAACAUCACAAUACCAAACACGCGAUUCUACUGGGAAACUCAACAGAAACGAAGAGAAAAAGAGGCGAAAAAAUUAGCUGGAUGGUUUGAUAUCGAGGAAAAGAAUCAUCUGAAGACAUACCCAUUCGGUCCACCAUCACCGCGUAAUUCAACAUGGAAAGGGUACAUUGAGUAUCGCAUCAAAAUGCUACGGAAAGGAAUGUCAGCAUAUGCUACGCGCAAAUAUUCACGACUGGAUUUUGAUCAUUACAUGAAGUCGAACCAAGUAAAUGAUAACAUCGCCGUGACAGUGACCAACAACGAGCCGUCAAUAAUUAUAUUUGGUGCAUCGGAGAUGCCACCCAAUCGGCCAUUUGGUUUGAAGAGACGGAAAAGAUGUCCAGGAUCUCGGAAAUUUUUGGUGAGCGUCAAAAAACUUGGCCAUUCAGUGGUGAAAAUGGAAGAUGAAUGGGGAACAUCACAAACAUGCGCAAAUUGCCAAGAACGAUUUCCAGCGAACACAAAACCCAAGGGGCAAAUUACUACAAGAACUUAAUUCAUCUAACAAAACCGCAUCGAUUCAAAGUGUGCUACGGUUGCAAAGCAAAACCGAUUGCUGGACUACCGGACUCAGUCGCUAGUCUACCAGAUGUAAUUGUGGCAACGGUUAGCAAACGUGCUUUGCAAAAGGGACGGAAGGAAAUUAAGCUUCGAAUUCGCAAUGGCAAUUAUCAGGAUGUGGAGGAAAUACUUCGGAAUGAGCGUUUAAUGUCAAAGGUUAAAGUUACCUACAAAAAUUGGCCAUUAAAUGUUCAGGGUGAUGUUGCUGCUCCACAGACAGUUGUUUGGCACCGCGAUAUUGUUGCUGCAAAAUGUAUUAUGCUCAAAGGAUUUUGUCGGAUGUUUGGCGUACUAGUGCCUGAUUCGUUGAGAAGACCACCAAACAAUGUCAACUGACAAGCAGCAGCAUUGAAUCCAUAAAUUAUCAAAUAAAAUAAAUAUUAUAACGAUUAGUUAGCUUAGCUAGGCUUGACAUUUGUUUUACACAAAUCUUGUGGCCUUGUUGUGCGUUCAUAAGAACAGUACAACGGUAGUACGGAGGGAAGGAGCCCGUAGAGUACAAGCAACGAAGUCAUAAGUACGAGUAUGAUUUGGCCCUACUAGUUUAAUAAAAACAAAUACUCAAGAAUGUGGCGUAAUUCAUUACAAUCAAUUUAUGAACACCUGGCAACAUCAAGACAUGAUUCUUAUCACGAAAUUUGUGUUUCUUAACAAUUCAUUCAAUUUUAUCAAUAAUCAACUUGUUGAAGGAAAAAAAUUGGUUGAAAAAAAAAAUAAACUGCCAAAUUACUACAAAAAAAAAUACAACAAUCAAUAAUUGACUUGAUUAGAUAAUAUUCGAUACCUUCUUUAAAUAAUGAUUGCACGAAAUGUGGUAUUAUAAAUACUUUGCAUCCAAAAAAAAUUAAUCAUUGCCAUUUCUUGAAUCAACUAAUUCCCCUCUGUUUUUGAGGGAAAAAAAUACAGUAAAAUGGCUUUUAGAGUGAUUUGUAUUCUUUUGGCCGUUACUUCUAUCGCCUAUGCUUCAGUAUUUUCGCAAUGCGAACAAGACCCAGAAGCAGUUUCAGUUCAUGUUGACAAUUGCAAUGACGAAUACUGUGAAGUAAAACGUAGCACUCCAGCUAAUAUGGAACUUGCUUUCAGAACAGUCAAAGAGGCGACAAAUUUGAGUUCGACUGUUAGAGCACAAGUUGCGGGAAAAUGGUUUCCAUGGCCCUUGGGUUCUGCAUCCAAAGUAUGCAAUAAUCUGAAAACAGGAUCAUGUCCAGUGCCAGCAAACACUGAAGCUACAUACGGUUUUUCUAUUAAAAUCCCGAUCAUCGCACCAGUUGGAAGCAAACCCCUUAUCGAAAUUAAAAUCACCGAUCAAGACAAAACAGUUGUUGCAUGUACUCGUUUUCCUGUUCUUGUUGUAGCUUAAUGAAAUAUACUUAAAUAAAAUCAAAAUUGCAAUUGCAUUUCAAAAUAAA